AUGAAUCAUAAUUUAAAUGAAACUGUUGAUAAAUUAACAAAAGAAAAUGAUCAAUUGUUAACAAAUGUUAAUACUUUGUUGAAUGAAAAAGAAGAACAAUAUAAACAAUUAACUGAAGUUGAUGAACGUUUAAAUGGCCAAACAAUAUUAAAUGAACACUUAUCAAGAAAAUUAAAUAAAAAUGAACAGAGAUUUGUCAAACUGGAAAUGGAUUUUCAAGAAGAGAAACUCACGAAUAAACAAUUAGUUGAAAAUGUUCAGAAUUUAAAAAAUGAAAUGGAUAACAAGGACAAAAAGAUUAUAGAAAUUCGUGCUCAAGUGAACGCUUUGAUUUUGCAUAUUAGCUGUGGAGACAAACUAAAACAGGAGGCUAAUGAAGAUGAACUGAAACAAAGUAAAAUAAUUAUAAAAAAAACACGUGAUACACGUCGUAAAUUAAAAAAAAUAUGUACUCAAUUUUUGUAUUUUAUUUCGAUUAUUUAA